AUGGACAAGAAACGAGAAAAAAAACCUGGACUAGCGUUGGUGUUUGAAUCUGGUCAGCGCUUGUCCAUUCCUGAAGUGCUCUCUUUGGAGGUGAAACCUUUGGCUUACGUCCAAGAAGAGUCUGCAGUGACGGACGUUCGGACCCCCAAAUGCGAUGUCUUGCCCAAAUGCCACUCAUUCAUGCUGGCCUUGAAACAGUUUCCAAAUAAGAUGGAGCGCUUGACCAGUGCUUGCCGACAAAUCACGCCUCAACUUCGCAAUUGGGUUCCAAAGUUCUUCAAAGGAGAAUGCAUUGAUCCGUUCCAACCGGCUUCCCAUGUGAUGAUGCCCAGCUACAUCAUGCUCACCGGCGCCUUACAAGCCAACGUCAAUUACCAGGAGCUCAUUCUUCACUGUUCCACCACCCGUGAGUUCCAUUUCCAACAUCUGUCUCGUCUAGACCAAGGUCAGGUUCAAGACCUUCUGCGACCGUGUCAAACCAAAGCCAAUCGAAUCUCGUGGAUGACCUUGGGAUUAGCCGUACUCAUGUUGAUCCUCAUCCUCGCCAUUCUCGUCUGUCUGCUGUCCUCCAUUCCCAAAAGGGAUAAAAAGGCCAAACCCAUAGGUUACACGUGGACUUGCGAAGUCAGAAAAACCGACCCCCGGUCCCGUCAUUCCAGACCUUCCAGACCUCCUCAUGAAAACACUUGAAACAUACGUACUCAACAUAAGGCCAUUUCUUAUGAAACUGGCUUGUUUCCAAUUCAUGUCAGUAUUAUCCGCCAAUAAAAAUGUGUCUCAAAGCAUGCGAUUGGGCCAUCCAUUUCUUUUAUGGAAU